AUGGCGCCCAGUCGUACGCGUACCAUGAAAAAUAAGCACGCCGCGCCCAAGGGUGCCGGCGGCAAGGGUGGCAAAGGCGGCAAGCGCUCCGACACCGACGGCGUCUCCAAGCCCAAAAAGUCCAAGGGCGGCCCCGUCACCUCCAAGCAGGUCAAGGACAAGACAGUCAGCGCGCUCUUUAAGAAGCCCAAGCAAAAAACCUACACUGAGGCCGAGCUCGGCAUCCCCACGCUCAACACGGUCACGCCCAUCGGCGUCGUCAAGCCCAAGGGCAAGAAGAAGGGCAAGGUCUUUGUCGACGAUCGGGAAAGCAUGAACACCAUCCUCUCCAUCGUUCAGGCCGAAAAGAACGGUCAGAUCGAGUCUAAGAUGAUCAAGGCCCGCCAGAUGGAGGAGAUCCGCGAGGCACGACGAGUCGAAGCCGAGAAGAAGGAGGGAGAGAGGCAGACGCGAUUGGAGGAUGUCAAGGACUCGCUACGACGCAAGCGAAAGAAGAAGACGUCCGAAAUAGACGACGAGAGUGUCAAGGAGCUUCUCUCCUCCGGCAGCAAGGCCAAGAAGGCCUCCAAGAAGAAGGUUGCCUUUGCAUAG